ACACUCUUCACACACACUACGGUAGCUCCUCACACUCUUCACACACACUACCGUAACUCCUCACACUCUUCACACACUCUACGGUAACUCUUCACACACACACACUCCGGUAGCUCCUCCCCUCGGUCCAUUACGGUAAACAGCGGAACCCGGAAGUGCCGUGUCUCGCUGGUGCAGCUGAUGACUGAAAGUGGAGCUCAGCUGUUCGCCCGUCUGGAGGCUCGGCGCUGUCUGGAGGACAUCGAGACCAGACUGUUUCCUGGAGAUGGAGGACCUGAACACGGUGAGGUGGUGGAGCUGUAUGGAUCCGAGGGGACAGGUAAGACGGAGCUGCUGUACCACCUGCUGAGCCGCUGCGUGCUGCCGCUGGGCGCCGGCGGGCUAGAGGUGGACGUGGUGUUUGUGGACACCGACUACAGUCUGGACAUGUUACGACUGGUCAGCAUCCUGGACAGCAGGCUAAACGCAGCUCGGUCCUUCAGCUCCUCGGGUUCUGAUGAGGAGGUGUUGGGUUCCUGUCUCUCUCGCCUCCUGGUCGUCCAUUGCUCCUCUUCCUCCCAGCUCCUCCUCACCCUCCACUUCCUGGAGACGACGCUGUCCUCCCGGCCCGGCAUCGCCCUGCUGCUCAUCGACAGUAUCUCCGCUUUCUAUUGGCUGGACCGCAGCGAGGGCGGGACCAGCAUCUCCAAGCAGGAGGAGAAACUCAGCAAGUGUGCCGAGCUGCUGGGACGACUGCUCAGGGAUUACCGGAUCACCGUCUUCGCCACCUGCCACGCCAUCAGGAGGAACUACAGUGGACCCUCUUCCUUUUCCUCCUCAUCCUCCUCUUCCUCAGACAUAGACCGACCUUACCUCUGCCGCCCCUGGAAGCGCCUGGUGACCCACCGGCUGCUCUGCUCCAGACAGGAGACUACAAACAUGGCCGCCCCAGCAGCAGGCAGCAGCGAACAGAAAAGUCAGCAGGUAUUCACGGUUCACUGCACCUCCUCUUCCUCCUCUAAAACCAAGUCCUACAGGAGCAGCUCCUUCUGUGUUACAGACUCCGGAGUGGAGUUUAUCUGAACUGUUCGUGAGCUGCAGGAGGAACCGUUUCUGUGUUGGUUAUUUUGUAUUUUUGAGUUAUUGUUUACAUGCAUUUGUCAAUAAAAGUGUAAUAAAACAGGUGUUUAA